AUGAAAUACGCUAGAAAUUCGGUAGGAUAUUAUUAUAAUUCUCAUAAAGAUUCAUUUAUUGAAAUUGUUGCGAACUUUAAUAUCACAAAAUAUACUUUUGUAAUUAUUACUACAGAUGUAAAUGAAAUAGAGAAGUAUGACAUUUUAUCAUCUAUGAAGCAAUAUGUAAAUAACACUGAGUUUUGUUUUGAAGAAUAUACUGUUCACUACGUAAAUACAACCUAUAUGACUGCUAUUGCAAAAAAGUUAGGUUCGUAUGUUAGAAAUAUUUUUGUAAUUUUUAACUCUGCAGAUGGCUUUCUACGGUUUUUUGAGAUAUGCACAAAAAACAAUGUAACGUUUGGUAGGGUGAUUGGGAAUACCAUAUCUGAUAAGUUUAUUGGAGAUAUAUUAAAAUAUUUUUGGAGUCAUUUGAAAAUGGAUACAGAAUUUUACUUUUAUACUCAAACUUUAAACUCUUUGAAAAAUGUAGCGUCAAACGACAUUAUCAGUUUGAUAAGCUUAGUCUACAAGGGAACAGAAUACACUAGUGUUACAAAAAAGCAACAACUAACCAAAUGUAAUAUGAUUUGCCCACCCGCUUUUGAACAAAAACUUUUACUUAUGAUAUCAAAUGAAGAAAAAAUGCAAAGUCGUAUUUGCACCAGUUGCCAAUUAAGUUAUUUUAAAAGAAGUUACGGAACACACAAAUGUGAAAAAUGUCCUUUAGGUUAUACUUCAAAUAGAAUUAACACAGCCUGCUUACUAACAUUUGGUGUGGAUUUAACUUUUCAAUGCAUUGAAGGCAUUAUAAUUACUCUAAUAGCUGCUUUUUCUACCAUGAUUGGUUUAAUUAUAGCUGUAACAUUUAUAUUGAAUAGAAAUACACCUGUUGUAAAAUCAUCAAACUUUAUAUUGUCAUUGACUCAAAUAUUAUGUUAUAUGUUAACUUCGCUUCUUUUACCACUUUUCUACGUCUCCAACAAGGAGUUGUUUUGUUAUUGGCGAAGUUUUAUAAUUAGCUUCCUACUUAUUACUGCAACAUCAAUUACUUACAUCAAAACGAGGAAGUAUAUUUAUAUUUUUAAAACUCUCAUUCGUUUUUCUAAGAAAGAAAAAAUAUUUUCCACAUCAAUUGAUAUUAUGAUAAUGAGUUUCAUUUUGAUCGUGCAAAUUUUGUUAGCAACCAUUUUACUUGUUAAAUCGCCGCCAGUUGUCAUCUCAUAUUUAAACUACGAGAAAAAAACUAUAACAUUUCAAUGUACUGGAGAUUCUCAAUUGAACCCUCAAGUUAUAUAUAUUGGUUUUAUGUUGCUGAUUUGUUCUAUUCAAAGUUUUUAUGCUCGAAAUCUUCCCUCUUACUAUAACGAGACACUUUCUAUUACUUACAGUACAGGAAUAUCAUUCUUAUUGUUAAUUUGUUACUUUCCUCUUUACUAUGGUAACAAGGACAUCAAAUCGAGAACCACGGCUAUUUCAAUUUUGAUUCUAACAAUUAACUUAAUUUUAUUGACAGUAUUGUUUACACCAAAAAUAAUUGUAAUUUAUUUUAAACCUGAAAUCAACAGCAAGCGUAGUGUUCAUAUGGAAAUGAUGAAAUAUGCUCAAUCAAAUUCUGCAAAUUCUUUAUAA